AUGGAUAACGACAGUCAUCCUCAAAAGAAGGUAAAUGAUACGCUAUUUGAUAUCGACUUUGUCAGCCCCGAACCCAUAAACAAUGAUUCUACAGACAAGCCGUUCAGAGUAACAGAUGAUCAAAGUAUAUCUAAUAUUAAUCGAGACCACGUUAUUCCAGAGGAAAUAAUUGAUCUUGACAGAAGCGAUAAUAUUAUAAAUGAUGAAAAUCCAUUCAACGAUCAACGUACUGUUGAUUGGGAUACAACCCAUCUGGAUGUACAUGAACCAGAUUUUUCAAGUGCACAAAAUGGGGGAUUCUUUUCAAGAAUGUUUGGCAGAAAAUCUGCGGCAGUAUCUCAGAAUAAUUACAAUUCCGUGACCACUUCAGAUUUCGACGAUAGCUAUACGAACUCAAGAGAUCAAUUUAAUAUCAAAAUAUUAUUCAAUAAAUAUAUUCUUAGGAAAAACGUUUCGGGUAGCAUUGACACGACAAAACCAAGAAUUAUUAACAUGAAUGACAGACAUUCCAAUAGUGAAUUUUCCUAUUGCGAUAAUCAUAUUUCAACAACCAAAUAUAAUGUUGCUACAUUCCUUCCGAAGUUUUUAUUUCAGGAGUUCUCAAAAUAUGCUAAUUUAUUCUUUCUAUGUACAUCAGCUAUUCAACAAGUUCCAAAUGUUUCUCCAACAAACAGAUACACAACAAUUGGUACUCUGAUGUGCGUGUUAAUUGUCUCAGCAAUGAAGGAAAUUAUUGAGGACACUAAGAGAGCAACUUCUGAUAAAGAGUUAAACAAUUCCAUUGUUGAAAUAUACAAUGACGGUGAAUUCAUUAAGAAAAGAUGGAUUGAUAUUAAAGUAGGUGAUAUAAUAAAAGUAAAUUCCGAAGAGGCAAUUCCUGCUGAUUUGAUUAUUGUAUCCUCCUCCGAACCGGAGGGGCUGUGUUAUAUUGAAACAGCUAACCUUGAUGGUGAAACUAAUUUAAAAAUAAAACAAUCAAAAGCAGAGACAUCAGGGUUUAUUGACUCUAGACAACUAAAAUCUCUAACAGGUAAGGUCCUCUCUGAGCAACCAAACUCAAGUUUAUAUACAUACGAAGGUACCAUGGAACUAGGAAACCAAAGGAUUCCACUAUCACCAGAACAAAUGAUUUUAAGAGGUGCAACCUUGAGAAAUACAGCAUGGAUAACAGGGUUAGUAAUAUUUACUGGGCAUGAAACUAAAUUAAUGCGUAAUGCAACAGCUACUCCUAUUAAGAGAACUGCUGUUGAGAGAGUUAUCAACAUGCAAAUCAUUGCAUUAUUUGGUGUUCUUAUCGUGCUUAUUUUAAUAUCAUCAAUUGGUAAUGUCAUUAUGAGUAGUGCGUCGAAACAUUUGUCUUACCUGUAUCUAGAAGGUACAAGCAAAGUUGGCUUAUUUUUCAAGGAUUUCUUAACCUUCUGGAUUUUGUUUUCAAAUUUAGUCCCUAUUUCGUUAUUCGUUACCGUAGAAUUGAUUAAAUAUUACCAAGCUUUCAUGAUUGGUUCAGAUUUGGACCUAUACUACGAAGAAACUGAUACGCCGACUGUUGUCCGUACUUCCUCUCUAGUCGAAGAAUUAGGGCAAAUUGAAUAUAUAUUUAGUGACAAAACUGGUACUCUUACAAGAAAUAUCAUGGAGUUCAAAUCUUGUUCUAUUGCAGGCCACUGUUACAUUGAAACUAUUCCUGAAGAUAAAAAAGCAAGUAUGGAAGAUGGUAUUGAAAUUGGCUAUCGUAGUUUUGACGAUAUGAAGGAACGUCUAUAUAGUGGGAAUGAUGCAGAAGAAUCUGGUACUAUAGAUAUUUUUUUGACAUUAUUAGCUAUUUGUCAUACUGUUAUCCCUGAAGAUAUUGGCAAUGGACAAAUAAAGUAUCAGGCAGCUUCACCAGAUGAAGGUGCUUUAGUACAAGGUGCCUCAGAUCUUGGUUUUAAGUUUAUUAUCAGAAAACCAAAUUCUGUUACUGUAUUGCUGGAAUCUGGCGAGGAGAAACAAUUUGAAUUACUUAAUGUUUGUGAAUUUAAUUCCACUAGAAAAAGAAUGAGUGCUAUAUUUAGAUUUCCAGAUGGUUCAAUAAAAUUAUUAUGUAAGGGUGCCGAUACUGUUAUAUUAGAAAGACUUGGUCCAAACAACAUGUAUAUUGAACCAACCACAAGACACUUAGAAGACUAUGCAUCAGAAGGUCUAAGAACCUUAUGUUUAGGGUACCGUGAUAUUCCAGAGCAAGAAUACAUCAGCUGGAAAACGACAUAUGACGAAGCUGCUACUACUAUGGAGAACAGAAGUGAAAAAUUGGAUGCAGCUGCUGAGCUAAUUGAAAAAGAUUUGACUCUGAUAGGUGCUACAGCAAUUGAAGAUAAAUUACAAGAUGAAGUUCCUGAUACAAUCCACACACUUCAAGAAGCUGGAAUUAAAAUUUGGGUUUUAACUGGUGAUAGACAAGAAACUGCAAUCAAUAUUGGUAUGAGUUGCCGUUUAUUAGGUGAAGAUAUGAACUUAUUAAUUGUAAAUGAAGAAACAAAGGAAGAUACAAGAAAGAAUCUUGUUGAAAAAAUUAACGCAUUACACGAACAUGAUAUAUCUGAACAGGAGAAAGACACAUUAGCCCUUGUUAUCGAUGGUAAAUCCUUGGGUUAUGCACUUGAGCCAGAUCUUGAAGAUUAUCUGCUAUAUAUUGGUAAACUCUGCAAAGCUGUUAUUUGUUGUCGUGUAUCCCCCUUACAAAAAGCUUUGGUGGUUAAGAUGGUUAAAAGAAAGACAUCAUCACUAUUGCUCGCAAUUGGUGAUGGUGCCAAUGAUGUUAGUAUGAUACAAGCUGCUCAUGUUGGUGUAGGUAUAAGUGGUAUGGAAGGUAUGCAAGCUGCCCGUUCUGCGGAUAUAGCUGUAGGUCAAUUUAAGUUUUUAAAAAAACUAUUAAUUGUACAUGGUUCAUGGUCUUACCAAAGAAUAUCUAUGGCUAUUUUAUAUUCAUUCUACAAAAAUACAGCUCUUUACAUGACACAAUUUUGGUAUGUUUUCGCGAACGGGUUUUCGGGGCAAUCCAUCAUGGAGUCGUGGACCAUGAGUUUCUAUAACCUGUUCUUUACAGUACUACCUCCAUUUGUAAUGGGUGUUUUUGAUCAGUUUGUUAGCAGUAGACUUUUGGAACGUUAUCCUCAAUUAUACAAGCUGGGUCAAAAGGGUCAAUUCUUCUCUGUUACAAUUUUCUGGUCUUGGAUUAUUAAUGGGUUUUACCACUCCGCUGUUGUGUUCAUUGGUACCAUUCUAUUUUAUAGAUAUGGAUCUGCCUUGAACAUGCAUGGAGAAGUUGCUGAUCAUUGGACAUGGGGUGUUUCUGUUUACACAACCAGUAUUUUGAUCGUGUUAGGAAAGGCUGCGUUAAUCACUAAUCAGUGGACAAAGUUCACAUUUGUAGCCAUUCCGGGUUCAUUUCUCUUUUGGUUAGUUUUCUUUCCAAUAUACGGUUCUAUCUUCCCAUAUGCAAGUAUUUCAAGAGAAUAUUUCGGGGUUGUUCCACAUACCUAUAGAUCCGGCGUAUUUUGGUUGACUUUAUUAGUCUUGCCAAUGUUUGCACUGCUAAGGGAUUUUGCAUGGAAAUAUUAUAGAAGAAUGUAUGUACCAGAAACAUACCAUCUUGUCCAGGAAAUGCAAAAGUACAAUAUUAACGAUUACAGACCACAUAUUCAACAUUUCCAGGAUGCCAUUCGUAAAGUGAGACAAGUUCAAAGAAUGAAGAAACAAAGAGGGUUUGCAUUUUCACAAGCCGAGGAAGGUGGACAGGAGAAAAUUAUUAGAAUGUACGAUACGACACUUAAGAGAGGUAAAUUCGGUGAAUUGGCAGAUGCUUCCGCUAAUGUAUUUGACGAUAAUGCAAUCAACAAUGACACAUUAACAGGGAAUUACGAGGUAGUAGAUGAUAUAUCUUUACCAGAGAAUCCUUUUGCUGAUACAACCACCCAGAAAGACUUUUUUUGA